ACCAAACAUGCAGGUUCUCGGUGCCUUCUCGGCGUUGUCCCCCCUGCUUCUCGGAAACCUUCAAUCUUGUAUCGUGCACUUCAUUUUUUCUGGAACACCAAGUGAAACAUUCUUCAGAUCACACCUAAGGAGUCUCUCUUAGAGCAAAUGCUUUGAGUUCCAUUUGUCCCGGUACAGCCAUAUUCUUCAACAAAGGAACACCAGCUCAAUCAAGGGUGUACACUUGCAUUGUCGGAGCUCUGGACGGAGCAAUGGCCACGGGGGAGCGCAGCAUUCAGCAUUUGAUGGAAGAGGUAACAAAUCCCAACGUUGGGACGGUGGUCGUUUACGGGAUUUCUGGACUAGGGAAGACAUGGACCGCAAGACAAGCUUAUGGUCGAGCGAUGGCUUCUCCCCUCUUUGAUGUCUUCCUUUGGAUCUCCCUGUCCGUCACUUGUACCACCAGACGGGUGAGACAGAAGAUACUGGAGAGCCUGUCGAUCGUGGUUGAAGACAAUGGCGAUGAAGAAAGGGUCACAGAAAAGAUCCAUUCGUUUCUAUCCGGGAGGAGGUUCCUGUUGGUGCUGGAUGAUGCUUGGUUUACAGAGGAUCGUAUGCUGGCAACACUGGGAGUACCUACACCCAGGCACAAUGCCUCCAAGGUCGUCGUCACCACCAGAACCAUGAGAACACAAACAGUGAUGGAGCCUGAUGUCGUGAUCCAACAGAGCUCGCUCAGUAGAAAGGAAUCGUGGGAUUUGUUCUGCCAAAUUUCUGGGCACAGCAUCGUGAAUCGUUUCGGGCAAAUGGUGGUGGAAGGAAGCCAUGGCAUGCCUUUGUUGAUCGUGCUAAUGGCAGGAGCCUUGAAGGAUUCGAUUACUGAUUCGGCAAAUGAGGAAUUAACUGCUAAAGUGUCGUCGGCAUUGCUGAACGAGGUUACUGCCGCAAGGUUCGCUUACUCCAUGUUGCCGGACGAUGAGGUAAAACACUGCCUCGUUUACUGCUUGCUCUUCCCUGGGGAUAUGGCACUCCAUGACGAUGAACUGAUCCAGUAUUGGCUCAUGGACGGACUGAUUGCUGAAGGAUAUCUGAGUGUAGCGGCUACUGAUAAGGCUCAAAAGAUCCUGCUGCUGCUUUUACAUCGUCGUCUAUUAUACAGGGACGACGAUGACCAUGUCCGCAUGCAUGAAGCUGUUCGAGAGGUUCUCAUGGACACUGGGAGGCAACGAGGCGACCAUGGAUAUUCCUGUGCCACCCAUUCAGAAGGGCUGACUUCCAUUUGGUUUCCUGAUGGGCGAAACAAGAGGAUCUCAUUGAUGGAGAGCAGCACGGAUAGACUGCCACAAAUCCCCCAGUCCUUCCUUUCCUCCUUAUUUCUCCGGGGAAUUCGCUGGUUGAAGGUAAUCCCGAACUCAUUCUUUGACAACAGGCAGAUCCUCACUCUCAGUGUUUUGGACCUUUCCUUCACUGCAAUCACGAAUUUGCCGUCCUCUACCUCCAAUUUGGCCAAUCUUCAAUAUCUACUCCUAAAAGGUUGCGAACAUUUAGAGGAGCUACGGAACAUCCGCUCACUACGGAACCUCCUGGUGCUUGACGCUUCAGGGUGCUCUGCCCUGAGGACGAUCUCUCCUGGAUCAUUCGCUAUGAUGAACAUGCUGAGAGUCCUUGAUCUUUCUCGUACCUCAAUCGAGUCCUUCCCAUUUUUAUCCGGGCUCCCAGAACUCCGCUGCCUUUUUCUCAGAGGAUGCCGGCGCAUAAACUUCCAGGAAAGUGUGUUUCACAUAGCAGAUCCCUCAAAACUGAAGGAGCUCGAUCUUUCGGGUAUUGCACUGCCAGAAUUCCCAUACGGGAUCACAAAAACUGGUCACUUACUGAGCCUGAAGCUGUGCACAGAGAGCAACGCAGUUGAUUGGAAUGUCAUGCAGUGGCUGCAGGCUGGAUUGACUUGGGACGAGCACGCCGGAGUGUAUGCCUCCAUCAAUACAUGCGUGGACGACAACAGAAGUUACUUGUCUGUAAGCAACACCAGUUUCUUCCAAUACUUGGACAAAGAUUCUCCGCUGUGGGAUAAUUGCUUUCUGAGGUUCCAUUUUCGUGUUUGUCCCUCCGAAGAAGCGAACAGAGACAGUGAGUUUGUUUUCCAAAACGAGAACUUUGUUUUCAGAGAAACUUACUUCGGAACGAAAUAUUGUUCGCAUCCCCCGAAUGCUUGCCGAUUUCUGGAGAUCCAUCAUGUUCGUCCUUGGGGAAUUGGAGGAGUCCUUCAUCAUGCGGAUGUCGUCUUCUUGAAUGACGUGAAGUUGGUGAAGCAACUCUCGGAUUUUGAACUGCAGAACCUCAGAGGAAUGAGAGAGUGUUGGAUUCAGAGGUGUGACCAAAUGGAAAGCAUCUUUACGGCAGAAUUAGAGGAUGUGUCUGAAGUUUUAAGCUUGGAGAAGCUAUGGAUCUCGAAUCUCGAAAAAUUGAGCUUCUUGUUUGCUGGUGUGGAGAAGGAAACAAACUUCACUAGCCUUAAACACAUCCAUAUCGAUUGCUGUCCAAAUCUUGUUGGUCUCUUUUGUUCAACCCUGCGCUUCCAAAACCUUGAAACUCUGCAGAUAAGAUUCUGUGAUAAGCUGGAGAGCGUUUACGAUCACUCCGUGAUUGGAGAAGAAGCCUUUCCAAGACUGCACACGCUACGUCUGUGGGAACUGCCGGAAUUGAAGAGUGUGUGUGGAGGUAUUUUGCCAUGUCUAAAGCACCUCAAGGUGAAGGAGUGCCCCAAGCUGAAGGCACUCCCCGUGGGCGUCAAUGACAUGACCCCAAUCGCCAUCAUCCGAGGAGAGAGACAAUGGUGGAAUAACUUGACGUGGGAAGAUGAGAGGAUCAAGUCUCAUUUACUCUUCAGAAGAUGGGGUCGAUUCUGACAGCAUUGCUCAGGACAAGAACAAAUAAGAAAUUUAUGUUUGUAGUUAAAUUCUAAUCUGUAGUUGUAACCAAAGUGACAAGUUUCU